AUGAGGUCAAGCGUGAGUUGUGUUUCAGCUGCCCUUCUAUGGGGGGCAAGUUGGACCUACGCUGCUAUCAACCUCAACGGCUCCCAAGCGGUGUUGCCUUUGAGUGAACAUGAUCCUUCUCCCAUUGGAGACCCUACCACCUACUAUCCUGACCAGCAUGAUUGCCCACUGCCUUGUGUUGACUAUGCAAACAUCCAUAGCUGGAUCCCCUAUUUCUCUGUGGAUCGCUUGCGCCGUUGCCAGGAGCCGCUUCUUGUGCAGUUAUCCGUUACCCAGCCGCUGGACGACCUGGAGUCUACCAUACUCCUGCGCACCUGUACCUCAAGUUCCAACAUAUCGCACGCUUUUGCCGCCAAGCAGAUCAAUAACCCCAAGAAAUCCGAAGAACUAUACCAGAGAAGACUUGACACUGCACCUGUAUGUGUUACCACCGGCAUUGAAGUCCAGGACAGAUUGAAACUGGCUAUUGGGAGCAACAAUGAACGAAACAGUAUCCAUACCACUCGCCUUCUUGCGGGCAUGGAGAAGUUCUUCAGCGCAAAAGAUAACUGUGACGAGAACUUUCUGUUUGCCUAUUACAACGAGACCGCUGUAGGGCUCUAUAUUGGCCCUGGUCUGGGUAAACCUACUGCAAAAUCAGCGCUCAGUGCCCUGUCGAGCUACAUACGGACCCGUGGUGCGGUCUCAAACACGGCUGUCCAGUUGUGCGGUGAUAACCGUAAAUCAGAUCGAGUUUUUGGAAUAUACAUAGAUACCACUGGCGAUCUUACAGCAGUCCAGAAGACAGUCUCCGAAUGGAGCAAAGGGAACUGCAUGACGGGGUUAAAGUCUCUAGGAGAUCUAGCAGACGUGAAGGUGAUGGAUAUCGCUGGCAUGCGCAUCACCUCUGGCAAUGAUACCACCAACAACAAACUUCCUUGGCAACGCGAUGUGUGUCGCUACAUCCAAAUCAUGCCUGGUGACAGCUGCACCUCUCUUUCUAUGCGAUGCGGUAUCAGGGGUGCCGAUUUUCUCAAAUUCAACCCCAAACAAGAUCUCUGCGCAACUUUGCAGCCCAAUAAUUACAUCUGCUGUUCGGCUGGAGAUCCCUAUACACCACCAACGCCAAAGCCUGAUCCAGAUGGCACCUGUGCCAGCCAUAUUGUCCAGAAUGGAGAUUCUUGUGACGCCAUUGCUCGGAAGUAUCGCGUUACCGUUGCUGACCUCGAAAACUGGAAUAAGGCCAAAACUUGGGCCUGGACUGAAUGUAAGGACAUUCUAGUUGGCUACAAGAUAUGUAUCAGCGAUGGUUCGGCACCUAUGCCUGCGCCUCAGGAAGGCGCUGAGUGCGGCCCAUUGGUCCCCGGUACACAAAAACCAACCAACAAAUCAAUCUCACUAGCUGAUCUCAACCCAUGUCCUCUUAAAUCCUGCUGCAGUAACUGGGGCUACUGUGGUGUAUUCCCCGGGCACUGUACUAUCAAUGCGCCCGAAGGAGGAGGGCCGGGUAGCAAGAAGAAGGGCUACGAGAAUACCUGUGUGUCUAACUGUGGCAAUGAAAUCAAGCAAAAUUCGGGACCACCGGCAAGCUUUCAGCGGAUUGGCUAUUAUGAAGCCUACAACCUUAAACGUAAUUGUUUAAAGUUAAAGGCAAAAGAUGCCAAUACUGACGGAUCCUAUACCCAUAUGCACUGGGGUUUUGCUGAAAUUGACCCUAACACUUUCAAGCCAAUUAUCAAGGAAUCCAAAGAGCAAUGGGAGGAAUUCAAAGCUCUGCCAAAUGUUAAACGUAUUGUCUCAUUUGGCGGUUGGGCAUAUUCAACCGACGCUGCUACGUAUAAUAUCCUACGCUCUGCUAUUAUUACCAAUCGAGACACAUUCGCCAGCAACCUCGCCCAAUUUGCUGAAGAUGAGGGCAUUGAUGGUAUCGAUAUUGACUGGGAGUACCCGGGAGCACCAGACAUCACGGUUGGUGGUAAACCAAUUGGCGAAAAGCGUGAUGGCCUUUCCUAUCUCAGGUUUCUUACUGUUUUGAAGCAAAAAAUGGGCCCAGAUAAAUCAGUAUCAAUUGCAGCCCCUGCGUCAUUUUGGUAUCUGAAGGCAUUUCCUAUUGAUACCAUCGCCAGAGCUAUAGACUAUAUCGUCUAUAUGACCUACGACCUGCACGGUCAGUGGGACUAUGGUAAUGCAAAUGCAUUCGAUAUGUGUCCGUCAGGAAAAUGUAUCCGAAGCCAUGUUAACUUGACGGAGACACGCAAUGCUCUUUCUAUGAUUACUAAAGCAGGUGUACCUAACAAUAAGAUUUUUGUUGGUGAAUCUAGCUAUGGUAGAUCAUUCCAUAUGGUCCAAGACGGCUGCUGGGGACCAUUAUGUGAAUUCACUGGCUCUAGAACCCAGUCAGAUGCGCAACCGGGCCGAUGUACUAAGACUGCAGGUUAUAUCUCUUUUGCAGAGAUUAACGAGAUCAUCAAGCGUGGUGAUGGUGUUAAUGUGUUCCAUGACGAUGCCUCUAACACGGAUGUUAUGCUUUAUAAAGGUGACUAUAUCAGCUAUAUGACGCCUGUCACUAAGGAUACACGGCGCGCUGAUUGGAAGGACCUGAAUUUUGCUGGUAGUAUUGAUUGGGCUGUUGACCUACAGUCUUUCACAUCUACCGAUUAUGAAUCGACCCCUGAGAGGGCCUCAUCCGGGAUGGGCUGUAUUCGGGGAGGGGAUAAAACACUUGAUACUGGAUCCCUCUGUGAAUACUCCUGCUACUUGGGGUUCUGCCCCGAAAGUCUGUGUACAUGUCUAGAGAUGGGCCCGUUAAGGAACCUGCCGAAAGAACAUUCUGGGGUCAACGUUGUAGCCGAGGACGAAAAUGACGUGGAAAUGACCCGCCUUUGCAUAUUCUCCUGCAAGUAUGGUUUCUGUCCAGGCGAUAUAUGCAUAACCCCAGUUGAUUGGAGCAACGAUGGACCAGAAAUGGUUGGCGAUAACCCUGAUGCCUUCAAUACAUCCGACGCUAGGUGGCAAAACUCACAUAGAUGUUUUGUCUACAAAGAUGCCCCAUAUGACCAUAUAGGCCUGGAACAAUGCAGCCGUGCAUGCAAACCAGAAAUUGACGCCGCCAAAGAAGCCGGUAGAAUGUACAACGUGGGCUGCCUAGGCUUUUGGCCCCUUGAGAAGGAAGUGCCCUGGGUAAGAGAUCCUUCGAGUAUGUAUGAAGUUGCUGAUGGGAUGUGCCUAUGUGAUAGUGUAUUUCUCAAUGAACUUGCAACAACUUUUUUGGAAGCGUUGCCAGCCAUCGGUCAGAUCGGCUGCUAUAUUCUUUUAUCAACUAUCAAAUUGGUGAUAGAUAUAGGCACGGCGAUUAUUCCUCCUGCGGGGAGAGCUAUCAGUGCUGGUUUGGAUGCCGUUAUGACAGCUGCACAACUGGCUUCAUACGUUUAUUCUGAGACGGAAGACCCUGCCGGCGCGUUUGAGUGGUGGUUAAGCCCAUGUGGCGGAUCUGACCUUGUGCCAGACGACCUUAAGAAGGCCUUCGAUAUCCUCAGCGGAGUAGCAGAGGGAAUAUCAAGCUUCCGAAAGCCAAAAAAUAUUGGCCGGGGAAGUGGUAAAAAGGGUGAUGAGGGUAACCCGAGAACUCCCACGCAGCCCCGGCCUAAGGCGCCUACUAAGCCCAAACCCACAGGGCCGAAAAAGAAGAGAUGCUAUAUCCCACCUAUAGUAAGGAAACGGUGUGCCUCUGCAGAGCCAAGAAUACAAUCCGAGUGCAGUCAUGUGUCUCCAGCAGAACACUCAGCCAUUCGAGUCAAUCCGCACUGGGCAACGCUGACCUGCCCCCCCGAAGCCGCCGUCACCGCCAACGAUCGGAAGGAAGGCAGUGCAGUCGCAGCAUGGUCUUCACAGCAUAGCGGUGCCGGGUGGCAGGACGGAGCCAACCGCGCCCAAACUAAGUGUCAGAGAGAUGAGUAUCCACCAGCUUACUUCCUCGGUCCCAACGAUCCGGCGCGCACAAACAGUGGAUUGAAUGCCCAGGGACAACUGAUAAGAUGGCUUCCUGGCAGAGAAAAUGGAGGAGGUGGCCAGAUAUGGUCAGGAGCUUGCUUCAUCGGCCCAGUCAAGGCUCUCUCUGAUCAGGAAUUUAGAAGGAAGGUCGAGCGGGCGUCAGGGGUCAAUAGGAGGGUCUUAAGGGCUGGGGAUUUGACGCAGACGAUGGCGCUCGUCGACAUUCCCACGCGACCCGAGUUCAGUUUCACCUCAUGGGGUCAUUCGGCAAAUCCACCAUAUAGAGAUGGGUUGGAGGCUAACCCUUGCUGGCCAUCUGGUAUUGCUGCCCUGGAUCCAGGCUUCACCCUCCUCACAUUUGACCCCUUUUACAACGGACAGUCUCCUCCAUACGACUACAAGGCGCCAUAUGUCAAAGGUUCAAAUGGAUCCUGA